GGCUUGCCCUCCGUGCUUCCCCAAAUCCUCAGCCUCUCAUCCCCAUGCAGCCGGGUGCGCAUCGUGGCAUCAUGCUCAUGUCCUGUAUCUGUGGGAUCCAGAAGGAUGGCAGCAAGAAGGAAGAACAGGGCUGGAGGCUGGUGAAGACACUUCCUGCAACAACAAAAUAACCCUAUUCCCAUUGGAGAGGUGAUUGAGACGCCUGGGAGGGUGCGAUAGCCUGCCCGGGGACCCGUCAGUGCCUCCCUGAUAGAUGCGUGCUGAGUCACAGCUGGGAGGCCCCGCAGCUUCCCCCUCCUUGCACCCCAUCGCUCCUCCCUGCCUGCACGGGAAGGAAAGGGCGAGCCCCAGUCCCAGCCCACCCCGAGGUGCAGCAGCCGCGCGCCGCAGAGCACAGGCGAAACUCAGCGCAGCAGUGAAGCAGCUCCCCCCACUGCAAUCCCUGCCAUGGAGAGCCGGCCGGUGAAGGAGCCUGAGAUUGAGCUUUUUGUCAAGGCUGGGCUGGAUGGAGAGAACAUUGGGAACUGCCCGUUCUGCCAGCGCCUCUUCAUGGUGCUGUGGCUCAAAGGGGUGAAGUUCAAUGUCACCACAGUGGACAUGACCAGGAAACCUGAAGAGCUGAAAGAUUUAGCACCAGGCACCAACCCGCCCUUCCUGCUGUUCAACCGGGAGCUGAAAACUGACUUCAUCAAGAUCGAGGAGUUCCUGGAGCAGACCCUGUGCCCACCCACGUACCCGCAUCUGAGCCCCAAAUAUAAGGAGUCUUUCGACGUGGGCAGUGACAUCUUUGCCAAGUUCUCGGCGUACAUCAAGAACUCACGCAAGGAAGCAAAUAGCAACCUGGAGAAGGCUCUGCUGAGGGAAUUCCAGCGGCUGGAUCAGUACCUCACCACCCCACUGCCCGAGGAGAUCGACCAGGACAGCGUGGAGGACAUCACCAUCUCCAAGAGGAAAUUCCUGGAUGGGGACCACCUGACGCUGGCAGACUGCAACCUGCUGCCCAAGCUGCACAUCAUCAAGAUUGCUGCCAAAAAGUACCGCGACUUCGAGAUCCCAGCUGACAUGACGGGUGUCUGGCGCUACCUCAACAACGCCUACGCCUGCGAUGAGUUCAGCCACACGUGUCCUGCAGACGAGGAGAUCGUGCACACCUAUGCCAGCGUGGCCAGGAAGAUGACCUAGCCCCCCGCAGGACAUUGGUCCCUCACCUCCCACCAAACCCUGGCCAACAGAGGGGCUGGGGGGAGGGUGGUUAUGGCAUCCCUACACCCCAGUUAUUGGAAAGAGCGCCUUGCUUUGCAGCCCCCACGUGCCACCAGUGUGGACCUUACUAUGGACUGGUCACUGUGUGGCUGUGGGGGCAACCAUGUCCCCACCCCUACAAUUCAUCACACGGCACAUGAUGGGAAAAGCCAAUCAGCAGCCUAUUGUGGAAGAGCUGAGACCUCCCAAUGUGUCCCACCACUGCUGGAAGAGAUGGCACUACAAGGUGCCACCACCACCUGUGCUUGGGCUGUCUCUUCCCUGAGGCAUCCAGGCUCCAGCAAGCUCUUCCCCUACAGUUUAUCUGUGGCCAUAAUUGACAACAUGCAUUCAUCUCCUCACUUGGACAUCAAGGCAGGGAGAUGCUGGGGACAGCACCAGGGAUCUUCUGGUGGCUGGGAAGAAGGGCUCUGUGGGGUCUCCUAAGAUAUCUGCAGCUCCAGGGUAUAGGGACCUUGCAUAGGCUCUGGCACCUGGCAUGUGGGGCUGGCUGUGAGGUCCCACCUGGCUCUGAGACCUUGGUGGGCCCCGUGGGAGAUGCAGCCUCAAGGCCACCACCAGCUCCCUGCUCCUCAUCAGCCCCUCCCCACCUGACCUGAAGAGAGGCACAGGGCAGGGCAUCCUCCUGCUUUCUGCAAUGCAGCCCCAGACAGAAGCUGCCUUGUCCACAGGACAGCAUGGGAGCUACCCAUGCUCCCUGGUUAGCAUUGUCAUUCCCAUUCCAGUGCCAGAGAAGUCAAACCCCCAACCUCCCAUCCUCCUUCCCCAUGCCUCCAGCUCCUCCCAGGGCUCCUACCAACACAGUCAGCCCCCCCUCCCCCCUCAGCCCUCAUGGCCAGCAAUAAAUACUGUACAGUGAGCAUGAGGGCACCAUGCAGACCCUCGCUGGCAGAGCCACCCACCAGCUCUCACUGCCACCUCCCUCUUUGCACUAAAAGUUGUGUCCUUGCAAGCCUGCUUCUGACAGCACCGGGUUUGGGGACUGUUGUUUUUGUAUUGAUGACUUUGGGGUUGUUUGGUAUUUUUCUUUCUUGUUUUUGUUUUGUUUUUCUUUUCUUUUUGUAACUAAGGACAGCAAUAAACUUUAUUUUAAUACGC